GCAUGUGCAGUGUUAAGUCUAUGGUGCAGUGUUGAGUCUAUGGGCAGUGUUGAGUCUAUGGUGCAGUGUUGAGUCUAUGGGCAGUGUUGAGUCUAUGGUGCAGUGUUGAGUCUAUGGGCAGUGUUGAGUCUAUGGGCAGUGUUGAGUCUAUGGUGCAGUGUUGAGUCUAUGGUGCAGUGUUGAGUCUAUGGUGCAGUGUUGAGUCUAUGGUGCAGUGUUGAGUCAAUGGUGCAGUGCUGAGUCUAUGGGCAGUGUUGAGUCUAUGGGCAGUGUUGAGUCUAUGGGCAGUGUUGAGUCUAUGGUGCAGUGUUGAGUCUAUGGUGCAGUGUUGAGUCUAUGGUGCAGUGUUGAGUCAAUGGUGCAGUAUUGAGUCUAUGGUGCAGUGCUGAGUCUAUGGUGCAGUGUUGAGUCUAUGGGCAGUGUUGAGUCUAUGGUGCAGUGUUGAGUCUAUGGUGCAGUGUUGAGUCUAUGGGCAGUGUGAGUCUAUGGUGCAGUGUUGAGUCUAUGGUGCAGUAUUGAGUCUAUGGUGCAGUGCUGAGUCUAUGGUGCAGUGCUGAGUCUAUGGUGCAGUGUUGAGUCUAUGGUGCAGUGUUGAGUCUAUGGUGCAGUAUUGAGUCUAUGGUGCAGUGCUGAGUCUAUGGUGCAGUGUUGAGUCUAUGGGCAGUGUUGAGUCUAUGGUGCAGUGUUGAGUCUAUGGUGCAGUGUUGAGUCUAUGGGCAGUGUUGAGUCUAUGGUGCAGUGUUGAGUCUAUGGGCAGUGUUGAGUCUAUGGUGCAGUGUUGAGUCUAUGGUGCAGUGUUGAGUCUAUGGGCAGUGUUGAGUCUAUGGUGCAGUGUUGAGUCUAUGGUGCAGUGUUGAGUCUAUGGUGCAGUGUUGAGUCUAUGGUGCAGUGUUGAGUCUAUGGGCAGUGUUGAGUCUAUGGUGCAGUGUUGAGUCUAUGGUGCAGUGUUGAGUCUAUGGUGCAGUGUUGAGUCUAUGGUGCAGUGUUGAGUCUAUGGUGCAGUGUUGAGUCUAUGGUGGAGUGUUGAGUCUAUGGUGCAGUGCUGAGUCUAUGGUGCAGUGUUGAGUCUAUGGUGCAGUGUUGAGUCUAUGGUGCAGUGCUGAGUCUAUGGUGCAGUGUUGAGUCUAUGGUGCAGUGUUGAGUCUUAUGAAGCAAUAAUCUUUAAAAUCAGAAAGUCCGGGUGGACUUAGCCAUUGCAAAGCGUUCACAACACUCUCCCCUCACAGUUGCGCAUUUCUCGCUCAGCGAUGUCGCACGCCUCAGACCCUCCCAGGAUGUUCCAAAUUCUCCGCUACGCGGUGCCGCCGCCUCCGGCUCAGGAGACGCGCCUCGAAGCCUCUGGGCCGCUGCCCGAGACCUCCGCCUGCCCUGUGGUGGCCACCGGCGGUGACGGAUACGGUGACAGUGACGGUGACGGCGGCAGCGGUGACGGCCCCGGUAACGUCCCGACGCUUGUACGCAAGGUUCGGCAAAGGAGACGGAUGUCGCUGCACAGGAACGAGCGCGGCUUCCCGGCGGCGGUCUUGCCGGCGCUUGCCGCCCCCCUCGCCGCGGCGUCACGGAUGCAGCGCCGGCGUGGCGGCCGCUACCAGCCCGGACGUCCACGUGGGAACUUCUUUAGCUCCGACGUGCCGAGUCCGCCGCGCCCGGAGGCGGUGCUUGCGAAGGGCUGCUUCGCGCCGCCCACAGAGUCGCUGCGUCCGACGCUUGAGGAGCCGCGCCGUCCCCGCCUGGUGGAACAAGCAGCCGCAGCGCCGGCAGCAGCCAGCGCCGCCACCUUGGGGGGCCCUAGGGGGGGUGGGGCUCGGGGCUCGGGGCCGGCGUCAAGGACUCGCUCCCACUACGCUUCACUCCGCUAGCCGGGCGGCUCUCGCGCUCCCCUCACCGUCUUCUGCUUUGCCGCUAGUGACGCGUUGUGAGGUGCUCGGUCUCACACUCACCUUGUUGUGAUGUUCACAGGGGGUCGACUUUGCCGCUAGUGACGCGUUGUGAGGUGCACAGUCUCACACUCUCCUUGUUGUGUUGUUCACAGAGGGUCGACUUUGCCGCUAGUGACGCGUUGUGAGGUGCACAGUCUCACACUCUCCUUGUUGUGUUGUUCACAGAGGGUCGACUUUGCCGCUAGUGACGCGUUGUGAGGUGCACGGUCUCACACUCUCCUUGUUGUGUUGUUCACAGGGGGUCGACUUUGUCACUAGUGACUCGUGCGUUGCGAGGUGCACAGUCUCACACUCUCCUUGUUGUGCUGUUCACAGGGGGUCGACUUUGUCUCUAGUGACUCGUGCGUUGCGAGGUUGAGGCACUAACGCGUGAGUGGGUGGAGGAGGAAACGGGUUCUCUAGUUUGCUGCGUUGAUGGUGUCGGCCAGUGACUCCACAACAACCAUCAGAUGUGUCAUCUUCCCCUGGCUGGUUGCAUUGGACAUUCCACUGAAUUGGCUGUGAGAUGUAGAACAAGAGAAACAGUAGAAGCGGAUUGUGACCUCGCCUCUCGGUGACUCCAGCUCCGUCGUUGAACCCAAAGUGUUCACGAUGUUCGCCUGCGAUGAGACGCCAUAAAUGACGUCACGAGAUUUUGGAAUAUUUUUGACCCCCCC